CUAUUAUCUUUAAGAGUUAUAAGAGUAUAUAAGUUUAAAGUAAGAAAAAGCCUUAAGUAUCCUUAUAAUAGUAAAAGUAUUACCUUAUUAGUAGAGAAAAAAGAGAAACAGUAA